AUGAGAGAAGAAAUACAGCGUCGUCGUCAAGAGGCUGAGGCUAAACGCAACAAGGCAGAAGAAGAGAAUCAGACGAUGUACUCUAUUCCAAAGUACAACAUAGCUGAAAACAUCGCUAGAGCUAAGCAAGAGAAGAUGCAGACUUCCGCCGAGAUGAUGGCUGAGAGGGAGAAGAGGGUGGAGGAGAACAUUCCUCAGAUACGCAUCAGCGCCCACGACUCUGAAGAGCGCCUCCGUGAGAUUGCAGAGAUCCUCCACGCCAAGCUGGUGGAGGUGUACAGCGAUAUGUAUGACCUUGAGCAGAGGAAGGAGAGGCAGGAAUAUGAUCUUAAUGAGAUGAAUGCUCGCAUCAAAGAUCUGGCCAAACACAAGACUGUCAAGGUUACCCCUGUUGAUCAAGGGCAUGUCAGCAUGCUGAAGGAAAAGGGAUUCACGUUUGAUGACAAGGCUGCAAAACAGAAGCAGAAUGUAGAUCUCAAGGCAAGCCUGCCCUCUACUGGUCACAUUGCAGACAGGCUUCAAAAGCUUCAGAACAACCUCAAGAAGGAUGCGGAGACCCCAGAUAAGAAUGUAAAGAAGGAGCCGAUCAAGAUAACAUACAGCACUCCAGAACAACUGAAAGAGGACCUAGAGGCUAAUAAGAGAGAUGCCGAGAAAUUCAAACAACAGAGGGAGGAGAAUCGUAAGAAGAGGGAGGUGGAGAUGAGUAAAAUGGAGCAACUCCAGGAGGAGAGACAGAAGAAAGCUGAAGAGGAGCGUAAGAAGCAGGCUGAGGAAAGAGAGCGGCUGAAGAGAGAGAAGGAAGAGAAGGAGAAGGCUAGGAGGAACAUGAUGAACCCUUCUGGAGCCCCUAUCAACAUCUCUAAAGUUGUAUCACAGCAGAAGGCUAAGAAUCGUGAACAAACCCUCGCUGACCGGGUCCCAACGAUGACCAUCUCGAGCACGACCACGGAAGCUGAGUUGCGUAACUUUGCCAACGACCUCUAUAACCAGCUCAAGACUACCUUGGGUGAUGUCUUUGAUCUCGAUGAACAGAAGAAGAAGAAUGAGUAUUAUAUUCAUAUUACAGUCUUCACAGAAUCGUAG